GACUCAGAGCUUCCUAGUGAGCAGAAACAUGUUUACCUAGAUAUUUUUAUGUAUAUAUUAAUAGUUUCAUGUUACCUAUACAAAGACGGAAUGCUUGGCGUUGGUGACUGCUGAUUUUGAACUCCCUUUAUUGCCGAGGGAUCGCUCGGAGCUGAGAGAUCAUGGGUCGACUGGAUAAUGUCGCCAAGCACAAAGUGGUGGAGCUGCGAAAAGCUGGUCUCAGUUUCCGUAAGAUCAAAGCUGUGCUGGAGCUGGAGGACAUCAAAGUCUCGGCCCAGGCCAUUUACCUGUUCCUGAGGGAGUUUGAGGGGCGGCCGAUGGUGAGAGUCAAACCUGCUGAGACUGGAAGCAGCACAUCCUCACCACAAGCUCGAACUAGACCAGUGAGGCCAGCACAGGAGAACUGGAGUGGUAUCCAUCUGCAAAAUUUACGACGAGAGACAACGUCUGGAUUCACAGCAGGUUCAGAUUUUGGAGAUCAAACUGCUACAAAUUCGGAGGCAGCUUCGAAUUCAUCUGGAUCUGCAGAGAUCAGUGGAAGCAGCAGACCAGAACAGCAAUACAAGGGAAAUAAGGAUGAAAAUGACAUCCAGAUUGUUAGUGUCACAUCACUUGCUCAACAAAGCCAACAAAGAGCUUCACAGUCCACUGUAGCAAGAGCAGACACAGGCUCUGCGUCCAGUGCUUCAGCACUAAGCUCCUCGGCCCUGAUGAGGAGGAGAAUUACGCCUUCUCCAGCCAGUACGUCAAUGCUCGCAGCUCGAAAGAGACUUUUGGAUAAAGCAUUGUCACAAAGGAUAAAGGUGGCGUCAUUGUUGAGGAGGGAUCCCACAAGUGUCCAUGAGGCUGAUCUCAGGAGCGCUCUACAUCAGCCACAUGAAACCUACGAUCUGACUUCUGAAAAGACUAUAUUGGAGGGUCAACCUGGAAGUGGCGGUGCCCCGAGACGCUUCCUCACGCAGAGACCCGGGCCAUCUCUCCGUUCCCCUCACUCUCUCCCUCGUGUCGGGAUUCGUCUUCCCGGCCGCCCUCUUCCACCCAUGACAACUUCAGCUCCAGGAUCUGCUGCCAUGCGGCUCCAGACGCCUGGGACUCAGGGUGUGUUUCGUAACGAGGGGAAUCCCAGUCAGCAGCAGGCGGCGCAGGACACUGCCAUGAGGAGUGCUUUACCAGAGCAGAUUAAGACUCUGAGUUCUGAGAUGCGCAGCUUGGGCUUCGCCGUGAAGAUGCUGGUGGAGCAGCAGUGCCGCCUGGAGAGGGAACAGGCCCAGCAGACCCAGAUUCAGAAGGAGAUCCUCAGCACUCUCCAGACUCUCACCUCCAAAGUAGGAUGUUGUAGCCAUGUUCAGCAACAGCACAACAAAACCCCGUCGCCUGCUGCGCUGCCUGCAGCUUCAGCCUCUACCUCCUUCAGCCAGGACACCUUCAACUUCAGUCAAAACGAUUUCGCCCAGUGCAGCCAAACCCAGCCGAGCUUCAACUCUUUGGACAGCUUAGACAGUGUCGAUGCCUUUAAACUGCCAGAACUGGGCUCCACAAGCAUGAACGGGUUUCCCCCAUGUAGCAAUGCCGAGAGCCUCCCGCUCACCCACACUCCCCCACAGACGCAAGCGUUUGCUGCUCCGUAUUCAGAGCCAAGCAGUCAAGCACUCUUGUCACCUUACACUCAGUCCUAUGUCUCCACAUACAGUCAGUCACUUCCUGGGACGUUCGGAGUAACAGACAGUAAGGCAGCGGAUUUCCACAGCAGCUGCACAGAGAGGACUUUCCAGACCAGCGGCGCUUCCACGCAGACAGCGAUGAGCUCCUCACAGGAUCUGCAAAUCAGUAACAUAAAAGUGGAGGCACCUUGACGUCUUUAAAUGACACAUACUGUAUCUGAAGGGCUUUGAUGAAAUUUGAUAUGAGAAUUUUCAUAUUAUUGUUAGGGCUGCAGGAUAUCAGGUGAUGAAGUGAUGAUGCUGUUGAAUAGUGCCAUAACAUUAUGAUUUGAAAUUUGUUCUUCCGACUAACAGUACUGUUUUCCUUGAAAUGACUGGGACUGGGCUUCAUUUAUCCAAUUUUUUUUUCUUUUUAAUCACAUGUCAGAAGUUCCCACCAGCAGAGUUUCAGAGACAGUUUGUUCUUCAUUUUUGUGAUUCUGACUUCUGACAUGUGAGUUGAUAUAAAAAAAAGAAAGGUUUUAACUAGGUAAUGGUACAAAUUUAGAAUUCAUGACUUUCCUGUCAUAUUUUAAAUUCUGUCAUUUUGAAGUGACAGUGCAUGUCAACCCUGCAACAGCACAAUUUAAAAUGACAAGAACAACAUUCAGCAAAUCUUUUGCAGUAGUUAUUCUGUGCUUUUUGAUAUUGCAGUUUCGAUAAAUCUGAUAUAUUGUGCAGCCUUAAUAACUAUUUAAUAUGUAUGUAGAAAGUACAAAUGCUGUAGCUUUAUCAGAAGUACUUUGUUUCCAUUACGUGGAUCACAGUUCUUUACUUUGAUGAAUAAUGGACAACAUAAAACCUUUUCAGACAUUUUGCGUGAGAAUACUAGUUUAUUUUUUGAAUAAUUUAACUGUUACAAUGAAUUGUAAAUUGUUUUUGUACAUUUAUACAUCUGUUCAUAUUUCAGGAAAAAAGCUCACAGAAGUUGAAUGCAAAUGGUGAGAGUCACGUCUGUUCUGCGUUGUUUCACCUGCAGCUGUUUCAGGAUUGACACUCUGAAAUGUGUGUACUCACUGGAGCUGAGUGAAUAACUUUGUGUGAGAGUAUGAAUCUUUUUUUCCCAUAUUUAAAAUUUUGUUUUUUAUUUUUAUUUUCAUCCAGUUUGUGUAAUUCGGUGUCUCUGUCUUGAGUCAGUUCUUCGUGAUGACUUUAUUGACUUCUGCCAAGAAAAUCUGCUCCCCUGUUCAAAUGGUUACUUUCAGCUGUCCCAGAUGUAAACUGGACAGGUUUGUCGUACCUCAUAACUAAAAAAAAAAAAAAAUCACAAAGAGCUGAGUGUAUACUUAACAGAAAGGCUGGGACCAAAAUAUGUGUUUGGUUUAGGUUCUGUAUGUUCACAUAGUCUGACAUAAUGUUGUUCAGCUUUUUCUUUUUUCGCCUUUAAUUUGCUGUGUAAUAAAAUAUCGGAUGUGAUUCUUCUUUCCA